CCACUGGUUCUGUUGUACACUUAUAUUGUACUACAUGUUUGAACGAUCAAAUAAAAAUGAUGAAAGGAAUUUAUUGGCGGGGGUUACUGUUUGAUAUCAGUACUCACUACUCAGUAGGAUUAAUAAUUGUAGCAUUGAUUUAGUAUAUUAUGUCAUGACUAAAUUUAUUCUGUUUCGUUAAUUGUUUUUGAACAACGGUACACGUUGCACGAUCUAGUGUUCUGUAAGUAUUCGUAAACAACAAUGAUAACAUGACCUAGAAAGUUGAUAUAGGAAACGAUAGGAAAUAUUUUUGAUAGGAAACGAGAACGUGCGAUGUGCCGAUGUCACGUUGGAAAGUAAAAUACACGUUUGAACACUGAAGAUCUCACACUCACUUGUGGAAUUCGUCGUCGAAACCCAAAUGUUUUGAUGCAUUUCGCUAUUGCUUUUUUCGAUUUAUUAUUUUUUCAAAUUAUUUAUUUCAGUAAAUAGUUAUUAUUGUCUAUUGUUUACUUCGUAUAUCACUGUAAAACAUAUUAAUUAAGGAAAUAUCAUAUCAUAAGACAGCAAAUUGUUUAUUUUUUUAAAAAUGGCACUUUCAAAACCGGCUGAAUUUUUACAAGGAUUAGUAUUGACCUAUUUGGAACGUUUGAAUUCAAGACCUAUUCGCACAAAGUCAAUUACCAGUUGUAUUAUUGCGUCACUUGGGAAUAUUACUUUACAAAACAUUGCUGGAGCUAAGAUGAUUGACCAGGAUAGUGUUGUGGCUUUUGGAUUAUUUGGUCUUUUAUUUGGUGGACCAGUACCACAUUUUUUCUACGAGUCAUUAGAAAGCACUUUUCCAGAAAAUUCAUCAAAAAUGGUUUUUUUAAAAUUUGGAAUUGAACGUUUAUUAUUUACACCAUUUUAUCAGUUUCUUUCGUUAUAUGUGUUAUCAAGAUUUGAGGGAAAAUCACAUGAAGAC